UCUUCAAAUCUAUGUGGAUUUCCAUCCCAACCUUGAGCUUUUUGCCAACGAUUGUUUUUGUUAAUUUUCAGUUUCUUCGGAUCUGUUUUCGACAUCGUCUAAUUAGAGUAUAUUGUUUAUUUUUCGCAAUCCUACCAAGCAUACUAUCACAUCACGGCGAAUUUAAACGGACCGGAGGUGGAAAAGCCACCAUUUAUUACUUAUCGUUUCCUAUGAGAAGAAACCCCUAGGAUUUCGUUGCCGGCUUACACUCCCCCUGCAACGCCACCGACCGAUUAAUUCGUAAGUCGCGAACGAACGUCACGAUGGGGAGCCUUGAAUGCUUCGAUUGUUUUGAGCCUUUGAUGGACUUCAAUCUACCAGAGCUUCUGGUCGGCGAUUUAGAAGAAUCGAAGGAGAUUUUCAAGGCAAGGCAAUUGACUGCUGGUGCACCAGCUCCGUCGUUAGCCGGUGAUGGAUCUAGAAGACGAUAUUCGUUACAAGACGGUUCGUUAAGCGCAGUCGAUUCGACUCAUCUCCUAGACGUAAUGUCGAAAGCGAAGUCACUACAAAAUGUGAAUGAACCCGAUACGCACUUCUUUACCAUUCGCGACAAGUCACAUCGGAAUAGCAGCGAUUCCGAUUCAACCAGUAGUCGAUCAUCUGGUGCAUUGAUGCCGCCAUCAGUCGGCACACGAGACGCAUCAAUCGCCACAACAGCCACUUCGGUUACUUCUGAGAAGUUGGAGCCACCAAACCAAUUGAAAUUAAAGCUUGUGAUAAAAGAGAAAAAACAAGCCGGUCAGAGUUGGAUGGAUCUGGAUGCUGAGGACCCAACUUCUCCGGAUCGAAGAUACAGUAUGAUUAACAUACCGUCACCUGCUCAAUACUUGUCACUACAGCAAAAUCUAGAUGAAUCAAGGAGCAUGUCUUUAAAUUCAUCUGUGCCACGUCCUGACCUAACCAACCCUCCUCCAACUUCACCAAAUGUGCCAUCAAAAGCGUCACCAAAGGAAUCCCCGGAAAUGUCACCAGAUAGUACCAAAUCUUCCGGCACUGGGGAACAACGGAACCGCGUCGUAUCAUCUUUGAUAUGUCCAACUCCCCCUCCGGAGCGACGUUCUUCUUUGAUGCACCGAAACUACGCCGUACUUCCUAAGAUCAACGUGUCCUCCCUACAGGCCUUGCCCAAUGAACCUCUACCGACGCAGCGCGAAGGCAAGACGUCAUCACCGGAUCGCAAUAAGCCUUCUUUAGCCCCAGUUCGAUCAUCCAAUCGUGAAAUGGAUUACGUUACUACCCACAGGCGUAAGGGCAGCAAGACUAACUUGCCCUUACCGGAGAUGGAUAUCAGUAAGAACGAGUCGGGGCAAUGUUUGGAUACAGGAAGCCCUGAAUAUCCAGACAUUGCGCCAGGUGGGAUCGAUGUUGAAUCUUGGCUAGAAUCUAGCAUUGAUAACUUUCCUUAUUACGCCCAAAAUAAAGCUGACGGUGGACAUACGCCCUUACCGCUCCCACCAGAUGUUAUCGAGACCCUUCGAAUAUGCAUCACAUGUUUUCCGGAAACGAUGCUCCAGUGCUCUAGCCUCUCGAUUGAGACCAUACGCAGCCAUUCUAGAAAGUUGAGGUACAAGAGCUCCAGUCCUGCAAGCCUCUAUUCGGAAUCGCCCGCUUCGGUAGAGUCGGAUCAGUCGAAGCAGACGAAAUGGAAGUGGUUACCACUUAAGAGACAGCAGUCAUGUCCUACUGACACGCCAACCAGCCCACAACGAGCUGGGUUCGGGGAGAACCUGGAACCAAGGUAUAGCCCGGUAUGGCCUAAGAGACCGGAUUGGACCGCAAUCCAGAACCUCUUCCCCACCGGAUCUGAUUACCUUUGUGACGCUCUCUACGCCCACCUCGUAGCAUACAACUAUAUUACUUCCCUAUGUCCCCGAUCAGUCCUAAUUAACCCUACUACUUCGAGACCUACCUCGAAAUCCUCGAAAUCCUCGACAACACCUUCAGAACUCAGUCUUAGCCUCUCAAUUGAUCUCCGUACGUCAGUCGACAUACGCGCUUCUACGGACGGAGGCGCAAUCCCGCGGAAAGCGGCAAGCUUGCUCGGCUUGCAGGACGACCCGAACGCACCGAUCCCGGAACCGCCCUCGUCGCGAUGCAACACACUCCGUACCAAGCGAUCAUUCUUUGGGGCACCUAGAGCCGUGUCUUACUACGAGGCUAGUAGACCAACAACAGCUGUAGGUAAUGCUGGUGGUCGCCGUUUCGGUCAACCUGAUCAGGGCGAGCAAGUAUUAAAAGAUUUACGACUGGGACUCGCAAGAUGUAUCUCAAGGCUCGUCGCCACGUUACGAAUGACGAAUGGCAGCUCCGCAUGUUCUGAUGAGACAGGGCAGGUGAAGCGGGAAGAGGAUCCCGACUUUAUGCGAGCCUUGUGCGAGAUCGUGCGUCUCUCUGAGGAGAGAUAUAUGUAACAGAGCCAACGCGAUUAUAACGUCACGAACCGGAUGAUCGACCAGCUCUACGUCCACAAGAAAGAAAAAAAAGAAAAAAGAAGAAACGAACGGCGGCCUCUCAACACCGGUAAUUCGUAUAUUCUAGAUAGUAUUGCCGCCAACGAUAUUUUACUCUCUAUCGACAGAUAAUUUUCUUUUAUCUACGA